AUGGCUAAAAGCAAAGAUGAUAUAAAAUAUGGAACAGCACAAGCAAGACUAUCACCAGAUGAAGCGUUGAGAGUAGUCUACAAACAUGGCACACCACUUGAGGGAGGAAAAAUAUCAGAUUCUGAAAGAGUUGAUUUGUUUUCAAGUGCACAAAAUGUUUCAAAGAGUGACCAACAACAACAAAGCUCAGAUUCUAAUCAAUCUCAGCUGCAACGUGAUGAUACAACAGCAGGAGCAGGAGGAGAAGAUUCUACUGAUUUUACUACCGGAGCUCCUUGUUUACCUGAAAAGAACAAACCUCCAACACUUGGUCAUAAGUUUUGA